AUGAAUGCCGACGUUCUCCACGAUAUUCUAAGCCUCGUUCAGCGAGAGGUAACCCAAUGUUUGCAACCAUUCGAUCGGCACCCGGAAGUUGUUCGCGCUACAGAGACAUACAUUCUGGACAGGUUGUGUGCGUUGAAGGGGAUGUGGACCAAGCCUAUACCAGGCAGCCCGGUCGCGUCGGGUGCUUGGGCAUACCAGAUCAACAGAUGUGCGGGAUGCAUGCUCACUCGAGUCACAACGCAGGGGAGAAGUCUUCUUCUUCUGCGGGUGGCAUUGCAGAGUCGUACCCGAACGGGGAGGAAUCAUCGUCCCCGCAGACUGAUGAUGUUUGUGGAUGAGUGCAUAAAUCGUUUCGGUCGUGAAGAUGCUGAAACGAUAUUUGCUAUUUCGAGCAACUUGGCUUAUCGCAUGAAAGCCACCAGGAAGACCUGUAGUCGGGCACAUGGGAAACAUUCGAAUCGAAAGAGGUCCGAUCGAGCGAAGCAGAGAAGCACGGGGGAUUCAUCCGAGCCGUCGGAAAAGAACCCUUGCAAUGAUGGUAGACAUCGUGGGAAUGGAGUUUGUGUUUCUGAAGAGACAGAAUCAUCACAGCAGGGUGCUUUCUCCGCCAAUGCUGAUGCCGAAUGGGCUGUCCGGCCAGGGCCGCGGAGCUCGGGGUCACUAUACUCCCCCUCUUCUGCUAAUACUCUGGACACGGAGCGUUUGGGUAACGCAUAUUUCCAAGCCAUGCCAUACGAAGUGUUCGAGAUGUAUAAGGAAUUUUGCGAAAAGACCCCAUUCUCAUACCUGGGCGAGGACUUUGAAGGUAAUCUGGCUGGUGAAUCAGAUGACUUGUGA